AUGACGAUAACUGCUCAGUUAAAAUCUGUUAACAGAAAUAUGGAGAUUUUCGGCGAUGCAGUGAAAUUCCUUGAAGAAAAAGGAUAUAAAGUAUGCUGCACAAAAGUUGUCGAAAUCUUUGGUACAUCUAUCUGGAAAAGAGAGCGCGUUCUCAUCUUAACAGAUCUCGCAAUAUUUAUUUUCAAGAAAGGAGGCAAAACACCAAAAGUAUUUCAUUUUUGGCAAGCAAUAACAUUCGUGGGCUUACAAAAUGAUGAAAUCUCGUUAAGAUUCAAGUCAGGUUUCAUUCGAAUUAAAUCAGCAGAGUUUUCAAUCAUAUUAGGCACAAUAGGCGAUAUAUUAACGCGUACUAUGACCAAAGAUGAGCGUGAAGCUAUUGGAUUGAAUCUUUAUCCAGUUACAGAAUCAAGUCCCAACGCAUGCUCUGCUUGGACACGCUUUAAGAAUCAAAUUCGUCUUUUCAAAAUCGAAGUCAGCAAUGAUUCGUUAUCAAAAAUCAAAUUAUAUUUAUCAGAACAAAAGCCUAUCUUAGAUUUCUCAGAAUUCGAAGAUAUUACGAAAAUAUAUCCACUAAUUAUCGAUAUAUUAAAGCUUUACAAAGGUAUUCAUACCAUUAUUAUCCCAGAAAUACCUGGAUUUGAUACGUUUGAAUUUGCUUCUUGGAUUGUUAGCGAGAAAGUAUAUAUUUCAAACAUCAUUUUCCGUGCCAAAGUCACUCCGAAGUAUGAAAUGUUUAUCGAAGCUCUCAAAGCAUCACCAGCAAAUAUAAUUGGAAUUUAUUUCGAAAACAGUUUACUAUCACAGAAUAAUCUCGAAGGCCUUUUAGAUGCAUCCAUUUCUAAAGUCGGGGUUUUCGGAUUUAAGUCUUGUAUCGAAACAAGCGCGUUAGAUUAUUUUUAUUCAAAGUUUUUACGUUCAAAAAUCAGCGAAACACUUACAGUUCUUAAUCUAGAUAAUACAAAGAACAUCAAUAUCAACGCCUUACUUCAAUCAAUGCCUUAUCUCUCUGUAUUAUCAGUUGCAAACUGCGGUCUUGAAGUUGGUUCCAUUUUCCGUGCAAUUUUCGAAGCACCAAUACUUAGAAUACACGCCAUUAACUUCAAUGGCAACAAAUCAACAUUCCCUGUUGAUGAAUUUCGAUUUUUGCCAUCAUCUCUUUCAUCUUUGUCAGCCGAUAACAUUACAUGGAGUGAAGGAACACUUAUUCCUUUCAUCCGCCUCUCGUUGAAGUCUUUCAAGAGCGGAGUAAAGUUAUCUCUUCGAAAUGCAGACGCAACAACUGACGAAUGGGUCCAUGUCUUCAAUUUCUUAUGUCAGGGUCAGUAUACCUCAUUGAAUUCUUUGAUUUGGGAUCAAAAUCCAGUUCCUCCGAAAUUCUUUGAAUUUCUUCGCCAAAACAAAGGCCUUGAUUACUUAUCUCUUUCCGGUUGUUUCAAUAAAUCCUUUGAUGAGCCGGUCAAUUCGUUGAUCAAUUAUUUGUCCAAAUCACCACAUCUCAAAUAUUUCAUUGCUCGCGGCUUACCGGACAGAAAUGCUGUAUUAGGACCCUAUGUAAGUAAGAUCUGUACUGCUCUAAAGUCCUGCCAGCAGUUGCAAUAUAUUGAUUUGUCAUUUAACUUAGGUGGUGUUGAAGGAUUCUCAACAAUGGGACAGAUUCUUGAGUCUCCUCAGAAGAGAGUUAUUUUCACAGAUGGAUCUUUACCAGAAAGUGCAGAUCCAUUCAUUGCAUUUUCUAAUUUAGCUUUGAGUAGCAAUAAUAUCAGAUACAACUACCCACAAACAGAUAUUGAGUAUAUCAGGCGCAAAGGAAUGAUUGCAAAGGAACAAUUAGAGUUCUUUCUUCAACAAUUCUAUCGCGCACCUAAAUCAAGUGCUAAAAGACAGACACAAUUCCCAGCUCCAGCUCAUUCCGUCUUCGAUGAUCCAUUUAUUAUUUACAAACAAGAGGAACAAAAUGAAUUUCCAUAUUUGUUCACAAAACAGACACUUACAGACAUCAGGAUGUUAAAUGCAACUCAAGUUAUACAACAUCCUGCAUUUCAAGAAGAUUCUGCUCAAGCAAAGAAACUUGCAGAAAGAAUGGCAGAUGCACAAAAGCUUAUUCAUGGAGAAAAUGCACCUACAGUUGAUGUUACAAGUGAAACAACACAAUUCACUAUAACUAGAGACCAAACAUUUGUUCCAACGAAUUUACCAGAUAUUACAAAUACUCAAGACAAUUCUAACACCCAAAAUAGAAGGAUUAGAAGUAGAGCAAUGAGUAAUGAAACAGGAGAAGAGCUUCCUCGUCAAUCAGAAAGUAGAUUAUCUACUGGUUCAAAGAAGGCGGCCGAUGAAGAAGAAAGACAGUCAAAACCAACUUCUCCGAAAUCACCACAUUCUGUUAGAUCAUCAAAGAGAUCGAAGAGAUCAAAGAGAGCCAUUAUGACCGACUGGACAUUCCCAACCAUCAAACUUGCUGUAGAUGUAGAUGGAUUCUGGGAUGAAUGGGAAGAAGAGUUCUCUAUCCAAAAUUUGUUUAGCGAUAUAAGAAAAGAUAAGCAUUAA